GCGCUACCUGAGCACUCGAUGUCUCAUUCCACCACGAUCAAACCUGCCGGGAGGGGGUUUCUGUUCAGCAGCUCCACAGCAAGCAUUUCAUCUGGAAACUUGAACGGAAUUUAUAUAUUUAUAACUAACACCGUCGUUUUAUUUAUUUAAAUUACGCGUCAACGUCUAGAUAACUUUAUAUACGUAACUCAAGGUCGUUAAUUAUACAAGAAAGGAAGUUAACGAUUGAGCAUAGCCGGGCCGUGCUAACAAAGAAAAUCCUUUCUCUUCAGAAAUAAUCCCCCACUUCUCUCUUUAGUUAUGAGUCAUGUGGUCGUUGAUAAUCCACACGGUCUAGAUCAGCAGGUGAGUACUCUAAUGUGUUUUCUAUUGUGUUGUUUUCACUAAAAAAUGUUGUAAUUUUCCGCUACGCACAUGUAGUUUCGACCGAGAAAGAGGUCUGUUAGCGCCGAGCUAAGCUAACGCUGCGGCUGCUAAAAUGGAGGUUUGAUGUCGCUGUGGAGGAGGUUGUGAUGGCGGAGCUCCUCUCUCCACUGUGCCAGUGAACUAAUUAACAGCUACUCUAGUGGUUUUUACUCACUGACAUAUCGAAAAAUAGUCCUAAUCCAUCUAAAAAUUACUAACCCUGUAUUCUCCCCGGGUUUUAUUCGACUAUGCGGCUAUUUUCGACUUAAAUUGUCGAUAACGAACGUGCCGGUAUCCUGAGCUAGCCCGGCUAAUGUUCGGCCUUCUCGACCUGAAACGUGGCGCAGGAAAAAAUGUUGGCACCGGCUUCAUCGACUGUUUAUGUUUUUGAAAGCCGAAGCGCCAGAGCCAACAAAUCAUUCAGUUGUUUGAAUUUGGAUCCGUUUAAGCUGUUAAUGAGACGUUAUUUCGAUUUUUUACAUUAUUUUUCUGAAUUGUCAGCAAUUUCUGGUCAGAGUAACCGAAAACUCAAUAGCAGUGUCAUGUAUCAGUCGAUUAAUCGAGUAAAAUUGAAAACGGUUAACACAAAAAUAGGUGUUUUUUGACGGAAUUUUGACUACCGUUGUGUUAUGACGACGCUGAAGUUAGCAUCUCAUUCGUAGCUUCCGAUUCAAGCUUGUACUAGUGAGGCUUAAGGAACAAGGUCUUCAUCAGAAACCACCUCACCUAGACCGUUGGAUCUAGACUAGACUUGUGAUUCCUUCAGUCUAUAUGAGAUUCUGUUAAGAUGGGCUGUUUAUUGUUUUGUCUGUCUUGGCCUGAAUCCCAAUACUCAGACUUCUCAGAUGAUCAGGUUUACCAUAGUGUGUGUGUGUAUGUGUCUUAGUCUUAUAAUCGAGGAAAAUAUUUAGGAAAGAUAACUGGUACUUGUAAAAAUAAAAAAAAAGCAAACUUGAUUUUGUCUGUUCAGACAAUGAAAAACCAGGACUGAAUUCCAUACCUAGACUUGUCAGAGCUAGACAAGAUUAUGUAAGAGGGUGUGCAGUCUGAGUGUGUCAAACUUUUAUUCUUGAUUUAAAAAUCUUAAAUAGGUGCUCUUUUGUUGUAAACCCCCCAAAACAUGGACAUCCCACACAUGACAGGCCUUCACCAAGUAGCUAUAAAAUACAGUUAGGGUUUUUACUCUAUUUGUGAAAUUACUCCAAAAGAGGCAGUUUUACUUCUUGUUUUCUGUCUAGACUGUACAUAUUGAGCAGGUCCGUAUCCAAACCCCCAAGACUUCUUAGAUCUGAAGUAGCUUUUGUUUGUUAAACCUUUAUUCUGAUGGUGAAAUCUUGAGGAACUGCAGUUUUUUGCACCAUCUUUAAUUUUCGAUCAGCUCCUGUUGGUGUGUGAUCUAUACUAGAUUAAAAAAACAUGAAAUCGUCAGUCUUUAUUAAGGUUUUACAAAUUAACAAUUGCAUCUUUGCAUGUUAAUUUAUUUUAUAAGCCUCAGCACUGCACACAUUGUUCUCUUUGCUCCAACUUCCCCUUUCUCUGGGUUCUUAAAAAGAAAAGAAAUGCCAGUCUCCGUGGAAAAAAUGUGAACUUUGUUUUCGUAUAACCAUGUAAAUAAAAUAAUUUAAAUUUUCACCCCUUUUCUUUGCAGCUUGCUGCCCUAGACUUGAACUCCCCUGACGGACAAGGCGGAGGAACUGGCAGUAUGUAUUGUAAAUGACUAUAUCAAGCCAUAUUACAUCUGAUUACAGUUUUUGUAGCUAGUUGUGUAUAGAAAACAGGAGAGGUUUUACCUAACCGAACUAAUCAGUGCUUUUUAUUGUGCAACUGUGAUAAAACCUCAGUAGUUUGGGAGUAAAAUGCAGCAUCUAUUUAUCUAUUUAUCCAUUUUUUGGCUCUCAGUCUGGUGAAGUAAACCAGACUCUUGAAAUAUGUUUAUCUGUUUUUCCGUUCAUAAAUGACGUGUUUCUGUUUUCUCUCCUCAGGGCGUUACAUUCCACCACACCUGAGAAACAAAGAUGCUCCUAAAAAUGGUAAGUUUGAUGGACCAGUCAUCUGCUGAGCCACGGUAAGAGCACCCACACAGGUCUGAGGUGUGGUGUUCUCACUGUUUAAACCCAUCAGAGCAUGGUAAAAGCAAGCACAAUGAGAAAGGAAAAAAUGGUGAGGCAAGAUUGGACACAUUGGUCUUCACCGGCUCAAAGAUGGCUGCAUUUGCAGCGUUCAGCUCAUUCCCACCAUGUGACCGUUACCCAGCGCACAGAAUGACGAGAGAGCCAUGUCCAAGUGGUCCUCUGUCUGUGCCUGAAAGCUUAUUUUGGCAUUUCGUUCGAGGAUUUCUGUACAAAAAAAUGAUUAGCCGGGAAGUUUCAACACAACCUGCUCAUAAAUUCCAAACCGUCUGAUUUGAAUUGACAUUUUAGAAAAACACAAUCUUCUCAAGUUUAUUUUCCCACAUUUGGAACGAGGAGUGCUAGCUGUUGACUGCUCUGAUAAAGGGGAAAGUAAAGGGAGGUGGGGUUGUAUAAAUAUUGACAUCUCUUUACUUUGAAUGUUUUUUUUUUCAAAGCCAGGAUGAGAUUUAAUAAGUUUUUUUUUGUGCUGCUUUAGCCUCUUAAAGGCUCUUAUUCAGAACACACGCCUGGCAUAUACAGUCAGAUAAUUUUAACCUUUUUUUUAAUAAACAUCUUGGAACUAUGAUUCUGUGUCAUUGCACACUUGACGUUUUUCUCGUUUUACUGUUUUCUUGUUCCACAGCAGGAAAUGCUUAUUCCGCUGCUAGACAGUGCGGUUAUACAGUGGCACCAGUAAAUCUCUGUAAGUCCCUUCUGUCUGCUUUCGCUGAGGGCAAUCUGCAUUUUCAGAUGCAUGAAGUAGCCAUUAUUACACAGCAGCAAAGGGGGAGAGGGAUGAGUUAGAGCUAAACACCUCACUGUUAAUUCAAAGUUAAUUCUCUGCUGGGAUGCUCGCAGUCCAAUGACAAAUAUAUCAUACCAUAAGUAAAGAGCAAUUUGACUUAAGCAAGAGCUUGUCAAAUCAGUGCUGUUUUAAUUUAAUUGCUAAUAUUUUUGUGGCAGAUAUAUUGGUACACAUUUAUUCACUGUGUAUUCAGCCCAUAUCUCACCUGCAAUGUCGCUUAGUUUCUUCAAAACAGUGCCCACAACCAUGGCAGGCAGAGUGCCAGCAAAGACAAAACGAUAACUGUACAACAGGAUGGGAUGACUGCACGAUUGGUAACUAUCAGUGUCAAGUCAAGCCCCAACACUCUUACUGCAUGAGCCAGUAAUGAUGGGAGAGUCUUUUUAUAGCCUGCUUCCCUACCUUUGCUCAGGUUACCCAAGACUGGCCUCUCAAGAGCUUGCCUUUUACCAUGCCUACAGUGGGGGUUGGCGAAACAGAAGUGGUAUACUUUGACCUCUACCUGCAUGUCAUGCCAUUUACGUACUGGCAGAGUUUUUUUAAUGGUGUAUUUUAGCUGAACACCAGGGCUAAAUUAACAUGCCCUUGCUUUGGCAUGGUCACUUAGGAAAGCAGCAGAAAUCUGGGCCUAACAUGUUUGUCAAAGCUUGCAAGUGAAGUGAUGCAUGGUGAAGGUGCGGCUGCACUGCAUCACUAGUGUGACUGUUGUACUAAUAACCACACAAGAUCAGCUGUGAGAGACUUACCCAACACCUCCUUUUUAAUGCAACACUCAAACUCUGUAACCUUCAAGUCGAGGAAUAAAAGCAGGGGUUUUAUUUUGACAUUAAUUCUUACAGUUUUACAUAGUUACAAGUAAAAUCCAGAUUAUUGAUAAUCACAAGUUCUCCUUCUUUUUAGCUAUUAAAAGACCUUUUAGCUUUUUAGUGUUUGCCAGUGGCAUGCUUUGAACAGAAAUAAAGAGAUUAUAAAACACAAAGCUGAGAUCAUGAGUGCACUCAGGCCUUUGUUCGCAGAGAUUUCUCUGAUUAGUCAUUUGUCUUUGGUGUGAGUUUAGAGCAGCCGCUAAAAUCUCCCUGUGCAGUAGGUGGCGGAACAGAAACACACUUCUUUGGCACAUGAUUUGACACUGGUGACUUGUAGCGUCGGUCUAAAAAAGCAGUGCUAGUUAAUUAAAGAGGCUGUUCUCCCCAGCCUGAUCUUUGCUGUUUGCAGACUGAUUAUCAGGCAUGUGAUGAAAACGAUGCACCAGAUUUUUUCAGGCCGGGAGUUGGCAGAGUGUCUGUGUCAAUUUGUACCCCGAGUGGAGCUCUUUCUUUGAUUAAAGGAACGAGUCAAAUGAAUUUUAAAGUCUUUGAAGUCGAGCAGGCUUGGCAGAAAAACCCGGAAUAUGGCGUCAGUUUGUGGUCGGGAUCAGGAGUGUGACUGAUUUGGUACCAUGAUCAAAGAAGGCAAAGAGCGCAUCAGUGCUCGCCUUUUAUAUGGAGGACUGGGCAGAACUUUUUUAUCUCCUGUCUGAGCGACUCGUGUUUACUAGUAAGCCAUAUGCUAGUUUUAAAUGAUGCAUGGUUAAUUCCGGCUUAUACAAUAGGAAUGUUGUUUUUCCCCUCCUUAAAUCUAAAAAGGCAUUUCUUAAUGUCAUGUAAAAUCACCAACUAGAUCAUUGCAAGCUUCUCACGUGACAGUUUUCGAAGUUUAAAGGUAUUCUUGUAUAUUUAGUAUCUCUGGUGCAUUACAGCGCGCUCUUACAUCAAUAUUGCGUUGUGGUGGUACUUGUAAGUUAGGUCGUGUUUUUGUCUGAUGUGAACUGAUGUAACCGGCUUUGAAGAUGUUUGCAGUGUGCACAUCCAAACAGGGCUAAGCAAUAAAACAAUGAUAGUAUUUAUUAUGUAAAAUUUUCGAUCGAAAUUGGGAUGCCUGAUAUUGUUUUCUUCAGACAUUCGAAAUGUCAGUAUUGACAAAUACUCCCACUAAUGAUAAAUGUAUUUGACAAAGUAUGUGAAUUAAAAAAACUUGUCUGCUGUCUGACACUGAAAAAAUUUCUAUACUGCCAACAUGUGCGAGCUGUUAUCAUAUACACGUAGUUAAUGCCUCACCGUUUAGGGGAAUAAUUAUCUGCAGAAAUUUCACAUCUGUUGAUCCUGAUAACAGACUUGGCAGGCUGAUACAGAUAUCAUGCCGAUGAAACUGCAUCCCGAGAAGUACAAUCAAUCUAAACCUGUAAUUGCACCACCCAAACACUAGAUACACUUGAUGUUGAGGUGGAAGAAGACACCAAGCAGCCAACAAUCAUGCUGCAGGCUUGGACAUCAAGAGCAAAACAAAAAAGCAACAGCAGACAAAACGCAAUGCCCACCAGCUCAAGCAAAGCUAACAACCAUGGAGAGCUUUACCUUCCCAGAUGUAUAAAGGGAGCAGGGAAAGAUUCAAACUGCAGCUGCAAACAGUCUUGUCCUUCUUAAGAUACAUGUGAUGAUUCCUCAGUACCACCAAGAGUUUGCUUAAGCGCUUAAAGUUUAGUUUAGUAUGACGUGAACUCACCUGCUCAGACCGGUUUCUUAGAUGGACAAACUCUCACUUGUCUGGCAUGGAUUUGAUUAUUGGUGUGCGUGUGUUUGUGUUUGUUUUUCGAGCAUCAACAUGCUUCAUCAUUGGAAGCAUUUAUCUGUUGGUCUGCAGGAAUCGACCAAGACCUGCACAGAUGCAGCCUUAAAGAUGCAGCAAAGCUCAUCAGAGGCUGUGUCUGUAUGGCCUUAAUGCUGCUUUAGCCCACCAACCCCACCCCCACUUAGCAGCCCUUCUAGUCCUCCCCCACCAGCCUCUUCUCAGUGUGCUGAUAACAGUGAGGCCACAAAUGGGGACGAUGACGCAGCUAGUGUGCUCAGCGUAGUGUCCCAAACAGUAGAUGUCACCCUUUUUAAAAAAACUAAAACCAGUCCUUAGGAUGUAGGAUAUAGAAAUUUAACAAAUUCUGCAGCUUGUCACUUGCACAAGUGUAGAACUUGCUUCGCAUAAUAUUCAAUACUCACAGUGUGACACAGAGGUUGUUGCUGCUGUUUAACUUAAAGCAAACUUAGUCCUGGUUGUGGUCUGUUUGCAUCCCACCCGUCAGGAAAUUUUGCUCUUGAGUAAAAUUAGCUCUGAAAGAGAAACUCAUGACAGUUAGAUCUUUUGAUGUGUUUUAACAUUUGCAGUUUGUCUUUCUUCUUUGAAGCCUCUAACUCAGUCUCCUUCUCCCUCUGUCUCCCCAUGAAGAUUCUCCCGGAUGGGAUGGAGGACGCAGCAAUGGAUUUGUGAAUGGUUACCACGACAACCGCACAAACGGGGGCUUUGGAGGCCGAGGACCCCCUCGCAAUGAUAGAGGUGGGCGAGGCGCCUACCGUGGUAACAGGGGUGGAGGCUCGUUUAAUCAACCAUUACAGAAUGCAGGUGGGGAAAUCCUGUCGUUCCUCAGUAUCAAUAACUAGACGUAGACAAACAGAAGUAGUUAAAAAUCUAAGGUCAGCCCUCCCCCCACCCUUGUUGAAGUCAGAAUGAUGUAACUCUGCAUUUAGAUAAUGGCUCUGGAGAUCAGAUUUGAUAUUUUUAGGAGUUUACUUAAUUCAGCGUGACUUUACUUGCUCAAAGGGAUUUACUGUGUCCGGUUUUGGUAAGAAAACGACGCCCACCGGAGGCUGAUUCCUAAAGGGAAAAAAGCCUCCCUCAUCUAAACGUCAUCUGAAUUUUGGUUCUUAACAGGCUUCGGCAACUAUGAGAACAAGGACGGAAACUGGGGCGGACCCAGAGACGCAGCCUACAGCAGCUUCGGAGGACGCAACGAUCGCGCCAAGACCGGCUUCUACAAUGACCGUGGGGCGGGCUCAAGAGGAAGGUGUGUGGUUGUGUUCAUUUUAUGUUUUGCUUUUAGUUAUUAUUAUUAAUAUUCAUGUCCAUAUGAUGUGGUGAUGGGAUUUAAGACAAAAUAUUUUACAUUUAGCUGAUCUUUCUUGUUUUUCGCACUAUAAGGCGCACCAGAUUAUUUAUUUUCCUCAUUAUAUAACUUCGGGAGGCUACGGUAGCUGCAGUGCUCUGACAAGUCAAAAGGAUUUUAAGUGCGCCUUAUAGUGCGAAAAAUCCGGUAUUUUAAAGUCUCCAAAAUAGCGACAAAUCUUACCAAACACAAGGCUCUUUAAUCAGCAACUAUUUUUAUGAGUACUGAACAUGUAAAGGGGAUCUUUCUUCAGCUACUUUGACAAAGAUUUCUCAAGAGAAGUUUGAGUAACAUUCUGUUUCUCAACACUCUAACACUAUAGAUAUGAACGUGGAGGCUUUGCUGGUGGAGGAAACACUCGCUGGGUGGAGGAUGUCAGAGAGGAGGAUUGGUCCAAGCCCACCGCCCCCAAUGAGCGCCUGGAACAGUAAGUUAGAUUUCUGUUUGCAAGCAACAGAAUUCUUCUUUUCUGCUUUCAAUCUCAACUUGUGUGACUCUUUUUUUUUUUUCUGUCCAGUGAGCUUUUCUCUGGAAGCAACACUGGGAUAAACUUUGAGAAAUACGACGACAUCCCAGUGGAGGCCACAGGAAGCAACUGCCCUCCUCACAUCGAGAGUGUAAGUCUGAAAUAAGAUCAUCACACACGCCUUUGUAUAUUUAAGAUAUGUUGUUUCCCAUACUGAUGGUGUUUGUGAUGGUUUUUGUAGUUCCAUGAUGUGGACAUGGGCGAGAUCAUCAUGGGGAACAUCAAUCUGAGCCGUUACGAUCGGCCCACUCCUGUACAGAAGCACGCUAUCCCCAUCAUCAAGUCCAAGAGAGACCUGAUGGCUUGUGCUCAGACCGGUGAGCAUAAGCACCCAUUUUUCUUUCACUGUAGAUAAACCAUCUCUUUUCCGAGCUGAAUGAAUCAUAACAGUUGUUACAAAAUGGAAAGUUAUGGUCCAUUUCCUCAGGGCUCCACAGCUCUGUGAUAUUUUUAGUUUCUGCUCUAAAACUGAAUGUAUGAUCCCUGCUGUAUUUCAGGCUCUGGCAAGACCGCUGCCUUCCUGCUGCCAGUGCUGAGUCAGAUCUACACCGAGGGGCCCGGAGACGCUCUGCAGGCCCCCAAGAACACUGGACAGGUACUGGAAAAGAAAUCGACGAAGUAUAAACAGCAUUAGUAUCUGACUGUUCUGUUAAACAAAAUGUUUUGCGUUCUCAGGAGAACGGAAGGUAUGGCCGCCGCAAGCAGUACCCCAUCUCCCUGGUCCUGGCUCCAACCAGAGAACUGGCUCUGCAGAUCUACGAUGAGGCCAGAAAGGUGAGCUAAAAACAUGCAUGUAAUGAAACUUGAACUUUCUUUUAGUUAUUAGUGUAGAGACAAAAGGCAACUCUAAGCUUAACUUCUUAUCUGUCUCUUUAGUUUGCCUAUCGCUCCCGUGUGCGUCCCUGCGUGGUGUAUGGAGGUGCUGACAUCGGACAGCAGAUCAGGGACUUGGAACGAGGCUGUCACCUGCUGGUGGCCACACCUGGACGUCUGGUUGAUAUGAUGGAAAGGGGCAAGAUCGGUCUGGACUACUGCAAGUAAGUUCUGCUGAGGAUCCUCUGAGUAUUUAUUAAAAGGUAACAGUCGGACUUGGAGAUUUGUGUUCUAAUAAAUCAUGUCUCUGCAGCUACCUGGUCCUGGAUGAGGCUGACCGCAUGUUAGACAUGGGUUUCGAGCCACAGAUCAGACGUAUAGUGGAGCAGGAUACCAUGCCGCCUAAAGGCAUCCGUCAAACCAUGAUGUUCAGCGCAACCUUCCCCAAGGAAAUCCAGGUAUGUAGGCAAACGAACAACGUAAACUGCAGUUGUAGAAUGGCAGUGUUUUGCAAAGUUUAGAGGUUUAAUUGCUUAAAAGUGAUAAAAGAAAAUUUCUAUUCAUUUAUACUAUCUGUAUACUCAAGUUGUUAAAGAUUCAUCAAAUAUAUUCAAAAGUAAGGGAAGGUUUAUUUCCCUGGAGAGUAUCUUCCUCUCUGACAAUCUUGUAAUCCAGUUUUCCUGUUGUUUAGUAUAUGAAAUACAGACUAACCAAAUCUCAUUGGAAAUACUGGGGAUUUAAGAUCACUAAUCAAAAAUACAAGUAAGUCCAGAGUCCUAGUCAAGAGUCCAACAUAUUGGCAUUUACAAUAAUACCUUGUAAAACAACAAGAACUAUACAAGCCAUUUUCCAGAGGGAUUAUCUAAGCCAUCGAAAAGUGAAUAUAAACUCAAAUCAAACGGAAGUUUUCCUAUUGAGUGUUCAGUAGUUUUUCUUUUAUAUAACGGAGGAGAUGAUGUUUGUGUUGGAGAAGCUGCUGCAGUCUUUCACAGUAGAAAGAUAAACUGUCCUCCCUCUCUCGCUCUCGGUCGGUUUAUCUUGUUUUGAUGUUAAAAAUAUCUGCCUCUUAUCUGUUUGAUUUGUUUGUCGAUGUAGAUCCUGGCUCGUGACUUCCUUGAGGACUACAUUUUCCUGGCAGUGGGCCGUGUUGGUUCCACGUCCGAGAACAUCACCCAGAAGGUGGUCUGGGUAGAAGAGACCGAUAAGAGGUCUUUCCUUCUGGAUCUGCUCAAUGCCACAGGUAAGCCGGACACCCGAACACUUAGAGAACCCUUUCCACCUCCCAUGAAGGCCACUUUGGACUCUAACCCAUCAUCCUGUGUUUGUCAGUCUGCCUCAUAUCAAGCUAAUAUUGACUCUGCUGCAUCUCUGCUUACUUAACAAAUGUUGUUCAUAAUGGCCAGAGCUCGCAGUGACAGAUAUAAUAUCAGAACACACUCUCAUACAGGGGAGAAGUAGGCGCUGACAGCUGUGUGUAAGGGUUUCUCAUGAUGAUCUUAAGCUGUGAUUUCUCUGUGCUGAGUAGCCUCACAUUUACUGGCCGGUUUGGUUUUAUCUUAGUUAUUCCCAGUGAGGUUCAGGAAAAUGUGACAGAGGCCCCAGAGAAGCCCGGUAAGUAUGAACAUAUACCAUAACUUCACUCUGACCCACAAGCCAGAAACAUCACAUCCCACAGCUCAUCCUGUCCCUCGCUCCCCGGCUGACAUGCUGCCUCACUUCUGUUUGUUUCUUUCAUUUUUUACAACGAGCCGCUAGGACAUUUUAUGAUGUUUGCUUCACACUAGUCCUGAUUUAAUUUAAAAAAAAAAAAAAAAAAGAUGCAUUUUUUUAGUGUCAUCAACUCCAGCGUUAAGGUCAGCUGGCUCAACACGGCCAUGUUGGCUGGUUGUCAUAGAAAGAGCUCUCAGUUUCCAUGAGUCAGGUCUGCGCUGUUAAAUCUGUCACAACCAUCUGUUAGAGUGAGCAGAAACAGUUUCUGUGGAUCUAGGUUAGACCUCUGAUUUCUUUAAAAGGAAAGAAGGUGAAUCAUGGUAAUCUUAAAUUACUGUGUUUGAGCUGCAGAUUUAGAGUUAAAAAUGUCUCGUUUUAAAGGAACCUCCAUAAAAGCUGUAGAAGUGAAAAUGUGCAGCUGCCACCAUAAAAAUCAAAACUAAUGUGCGAUUGAUGUCAUGAACAGCUUUGUUAGAGCCCAUAUUUAGCCAUUAAGAACCAAAGUAAAGAGACGAGGGUUAGUCGCUUUAAAACCAUCUAAUUGAGCUGAUUUAGACUCCGACAUCAGUAACUCAGAUGACCAGAGGGCUUUAGUUAGCUUGAUGAGUUACUUUGUUUGGCCUCUCCCACCGUCUCCCCUCAGAUAUUUCUAUCUCAAGCUUUCUCUCUGGUCACCAUUAAUGCUAAAGAUGUAGGCUAGCAGCCCGGGAUGUACCGGUAUCAAAUUUCACAAAAACACCUCGAACUAGUUUGUAGGAUAGUAUUUAGUAUGGUAGUGCGUUACUUAGACAGUGAGGCUUUUAAAACUAGAAACACAGUCAUAACUUUAAUGCUUGGCUAAAAGAUCGAACAAAUACUCAGGGAGAAGGUGUUCAAUUUGAAGACAAUGUAGCUGAGAUGGUUUACACCUCCCCUAAAAGAAACAUUGACAAAACAACCAUAUAAGUCCUCUAAAUAGUCUAGAGCAUGAAUUACUGCAUCUGGAUUACUUGUAGUUUAUGCAGGUGCUGAAAAUCGGACUGAAGCUGUCAUAAAACGGUGUUCAGCAACUGUCCAGACCUCUGUGAUCCUCCUAAAAUGUAAGCAACCCUUCACGGUCUUCAUAGUGAACUAGGUCCAACAUUCGUUCUCAGUUUGAAUGAUAUAAAAUUGAGGAUACCGUUACAUACCCUUAAAUUUAGGCAGUGAUUCAUCAGAUAGUCCAGACUCAGGUGUUUGUAGAGCCCUAAACGUCCAAAACCUCAACACUUUCCUCUAUAUGUAAAAACUUGAUGACCUGAUCUACAUCAGGCAUGUUUUAUUUUAUGACAUCUUCCUCUGCAGCAUGAGGGACUGUGAGUGCUGCUGUAGUGAAAAUGACUCCAGUUACUUGAGAUGUUUGGUGGAUUACUCCACAAAAUUACAUUUUUAGUUGUUUUUGUAGAUUUUACAAUUUAAUCUGUGAUCAAUAAUUGUUAAGUCGUAGUUGAAGUUUUUAAUCAGAGGUGUUCGCAUGUCAACGAAAAAGAACAGUGGUUUAAAAAAUAAAGAUAUCAUUUACAACUGAAAUCUUCAUUUUGAUGCUUCAUGCUGAAAAAGAUGAAGCCAGGGUCAGUUAAUGGUUGUCCGUGAUUGUAAAGCUUCUUAUGCAACCCCUGUCUCCAUUCCUGAGUUGUCAUCUUGGGUUUUUGGUUUUUCUUUAUCUUCAUGUUUUGCAGUUGCUGACCUUUUAUUUUAGAGACAGCUUUAAGUUCUGCUCCCAUCGUCUUUGAUUUAAGAAACUUUCACCCACAUCCUCGUUCCCCUUUAUCAAUGAUUUUGUUUCUUUUUUCCCCUCUCUUCUUUUCGUGCUCUUCAUCCUGCUCUCCUCCCUCUUGUCCCCUCUCCUCGGUCUCUUAGGAAAAGACUCGUUGACUCUGGUGUUUGUGGAAACCAAGAAAGGAGCAGACGCUCUGGAGGACUUUUUGUACCGUGAGGGUUACGCCUGCACCAGCAUCCACGGAGACCGAUCCCAGAGGGACAGAGAGGAGGCUUUGCACCAGUUCAGAUCUGGACGCUGUCCCAUCCUGGUGGCUACAGCUGUAAGUAAUAAAUGCUCCAAUUUUCACUCUCCUGUUAGAGUGAAGACAUUUUUGUGGGGUUUAAAUAAAUUGAGGUCAGAUGCAGGAGUAUUUAGGGCAAAAUUCUCUGAGGCAACAUUUCUCUUAAUUCUUAAAUUCUUACUGUGUCAAACUCCCAGCAUGCUCAGAUUUAGGACUCGUUAGGCUGUUGCAACUCAACUGGGUGUGAACAGAUUUGAGCUUUUCUUAUUUGGCUUUUUGGCCCAAUAUCUAUAAUUCAUUUGAAACAGUGGAGAGUUUGGACUUUAAUCAGUCUGAUUGUGCUUUUAUAAAGUUUUUUUUAACCAUUUAAACUUUUCCAGGUGGCUGCUCGAGGUCUGGACAUCUGCAACGUGAAACACGUUAUUAACUUUGACUUGCCCAGUGACAUUGAGGAGUACGUUCACCGUAUCGGCCGUACGGGACGUGUGGGCAACCUUGGUGAGAACUUUACAGAGAACCACAUUAUAAACACAAACCCGAUAAAUGAAUCCCCAGUCUGAUGUUACUGUUAUUUUUCAUUCAGGUCUGGCCACGUCGUUCUUUAACGACAAAAACAGCAACAUAACCAAAGAUUUGCUGGACAUUCUGGUAGAGGCCAAGCAGGAGGUUCCCUCCUGGCUUGAAAGCCUGGCCUAUGAGCACCAGCAUAAGAGCAGCAGCCGUGGACGCUCCAAGAGGUAAAGAAACACACGAGUAUUUUAACCAACAUAGAUGUUUACAUAUUAGACUUGAUACGAGGAAAAUGCGGAGCUGCGUGUGUCAAUAAAGAAAGGUCAAACUCUGCCUUAAAGGUCUGUAGGGUUAAGUUUUUAACAAACAUUCCUCCUCAUUCAGGUUCUCUGGCGGAUUCGGAGCCAGGGAUUACCGUCAGACAUCCGGUGGUGGAGGAAGCUUCAACAGCAACCGUGGAGGACGAAACACUGGAGGCCACGGAGGGAACCGCGGCUUUGGUGGAGGUGAGGAAGAGAGCUUUAUUUUUUAGUUUAAACGUCUAAUUCAGUGUUCAGUUAAGACUGCAUAAAGCUUCUGUUUUAACCCUGUAACAAUAUGUUGCAUCAUACAGGGAGUUUAUGCAUCUAACCAUCCUCAAAUUACUCAGUUGAAACACAUAAUUUGGUGUGAGAAAAACAAAAAGAAAAAUGCUCCUUUUGAGCAGUGAUGGUUAUAGAAGUUUUUCCUGUAUGCUUCAAACACUGUUGUUAAAUCAUUUCUGAGCACUAGCAGCAUCUCUUGACUUUAAAAUCAUACCUGGACAUUUUCUGCUCCCUGACUGACCUCUGACCUCGGCCUUUUGCAGGUGGCUUCGGCGGCAACUUCUACAGCAACGACGGCUACGGAGGAAACUACAGCCACUCUGGUAGUGUGGAUUGGUGGGGCAAUUAGUCGCCAUAGGAACAGGUUGCCCUGCCAACCCAGCCCAAUGGAAACCACAUGUUAACUUAAGCCAGACCAUACCAAACCCUCCCUGUGUAGCUUCACUGACACACAGUACAUUACCAACCCUGGUUCUCUGCCAUUCGCUUCUCUGUCAAAGGAAGUGCAGCACGACGCGAAGGAAAGUCACCAGCACGUGCUAAAACGCACCGGAGAGCGCAGAGACUCGCACACCUCAGAGUGAGCAUGGAUGCUGACAUGCAUAGUCCGAUAGCAACUUCGGACUCUCAUUGUUCAAAGUAUUUUUGUUCUUUUUGUGGAAAAAAAAAACCCAAUCGAAUAACCUGAGGAUCAUUUGUAUGUUAAUGUACUGUGCCUUUGGAAUUGAAACAGGAAAUCUAUGUUUUCAUUUCACCAGACGAACAUGGCCAAGAGCUCUAAAAAAAAAAAUUUGAUUUGAGGAUUCUUUUGUUUGGUGAAAACUAUUAGGAAGGUCAAAUAAGCUUGGACUUAAUCAAACCUUGGCAAACACUGGGAUUUCGUGGCUCUGAGUCAUGAAUCCAUUUGAACUUCAAAUUAAUCGCAGGAACAUCAUGUAGCCUUUUUCUAGUGGAACAGCUUCUGGAGCCAUUUCUCCGUCUAAUCAAACUGGGCCACUCUGUGAAGCAACUGUAUUUGACUCCUUCGGGGACAAAGUUACAUUUGUUUUUCUUUUUUCUUUUUAUUUUGCUCACUCUAUCCUGGACAGGCUCCUUUAAACGGGUGUGACAGUCAUUCCUAACGAAAUCUUAACAAACACAGAAGUCAUUAAAGCUCAGUGCCGGCACACGCUGAGGUUUAAACGGAAUAAUCUCUGCUUGGAAACUUGUUACUCCACAUUUUUCAAUUGACUCGUUGACAGUGUUACGACAGCUAGUAUAUGAUCGAGUGCUAGCUACACGAAGUGGGCGGUGUUUUUUGUUUCUUUCUACUUGAGACAUUUUUGGUGCAGGUGUGUGCGAAAUUGAAAAACUGACACCUCUUCAGUUUUUCGAUUUUUGAAUCGUUUCUCUACAAAUAUGUAACAAAACAAAAAAUGCCUGCCAUCUUGAAAGUGAAGUUCAAAAUGGCUGCACAAAGGACCACAGCAUCGGGGGCACAGCGCGGUGUUAGUGUUUAACCACGAGGCUCAGAUGGUAUUCUACGCUUGCAAGUGUUUUGUUUUUUGGUCAAGGAAGGAAAGGCAGGAGAAUUGAGUCGCAGGCUUAACUUAAUUACCAAACGUUUUCUCUUUUCAAGCUGCGUUGGAGGCACGGUUCAUCUUAAUAAAAGAGACAGGCAUUCUGAUGAUCACUGAGGUUCAAACGGCGGCGCAGAGUGCUCAGCGGCACUCGAGACACUCGGGUUGGGGGGUGGGUAGCAGAUUUCAGUGCACCGCCGUCAUUUCGCAGCUUUGGUUCCUCCAUCGCUGCGUCGUCUAACUGUGGAGGUGGCCAAAGAUCAGGGAGGGAGGGGGGGGAUGUCCACCUCUUUGUUAUUAACGUACUGUCAGGUCGUCUGAGUCUAUCUGCUCAGAUGUUUCUAAAAAUCCAGAGCAGGCUUUUCCUCUCAAAGAGGAGCAGCCAUGGAGAAGGAGGGGAGACGGGGCGUCUCACCCCCAGCUCUCCUCGCUGGCUGUGUUGUGCCUUGAAACCUUUUUUUGUUUUUUAAGAAAUUGAACUAAAAGCGGAUGCACUGACAGUGUUGAGAACUUGAGAUUGAAUGGUGCUACUUGAUUUAGGUGUGUAGGCCCUUGUACGUCGUGCCCAUCAAGUUUUACAAAAAGUUCUUUUAUUGCACAUCUAGAGUUUUAUAUAGAUGUUUUGGAUAUGUGUCCUUAAGCUUCCAAAUAUUGUGUGUGAGGAGAUUGUUGACAAACGCAGCUUGUUUACAAAGGGGAAGGGUUCUCAACGUUUAAACCAGGAUUUAUUUGGGACCAGGGGAUUUAGCAGUCGGGGGAAUUUAGCCAUUUGCACAGAUUUCUAGAUUCUACUUUUGCUGCUAGUUUUGUGUAAUUUAUUAAGCAUUUUUGACAAAUAUUUAUUUUUGUAAGCCUCAAAGUGAUUCUUUGAAAGUUUCAGAAACUUGACCAAAAGACAGUAACAAAAACACUGGCACUUGAAUGUUGAAUGUCACCUGUAUGCGUGAAAUUUAUAUAUUUCGGGGUAGUGUGAGCUUUUUAAUGUUUAAAUAAGAUACAUUGGACUCAGUCAGUAAUAUCCACAGCUGUUUCAGGCCUCCUCAGGGCCAGUCAUCUCUUUAUGAUAAUUGGUCGACAAAAUUUGAAAUGGAAUUGAACAAACAUGCCAAGGUUUGGAAUAUAGCUGUCAAAAGAGCAAAUAAAUUUCCGAAGCAUAU